AUGAGGGGCCGAAGAGGUCAACGUGGUGGUCGAGGUCGAGGACGCGUUCGUGGGCAAUCUUAUCCACAACGUAGACUCACUGAUCAAGGCUCAGAAGAGAAUAACAAUGAGGACUCAUCGAGGCCUCCUACACCUCAACCGCAAGAUGGUGAGCCUGAGGAAAUAGAAGUAGAUGAGGAUGAGGUUUCACCUGCUCCUACUGUCCCUACUCCUCCGGCUCCAAGAACAUUGGCCCGCCUUCCUUCAAUGCCAUUGCAGGUUAGUUUGCGCGCCAGGAAGGGCUUACACAGUAGUCCUGCCGAUAGUGAAUUGGCAAAGGAGAACAGCAAUUUGAACACUACUGCUGUUGCUAUAGCUGCUGAGACACCUAAUACUCCUACUACGAUGGAGACUUCAGGCCACGAUGGAUCUUCUUCGGAGGUUGAGGAUCGACAGCCAAAGAGAAGAAGGAUUCUUGAAAAUGGAUCAGCUAAUGCAGCUCCUCCUACAUCGGAUGCUGCACCUACCACCCCCACAAGGGGGAGAGGUAGGGGUCGGGGAAGAGCCCGGGGAAGAGCUCGUGCAGAAGUCGGUAGGCCCAGAGGUAGUAGAGGUAGAGGCCGAGGAAGAGGGUCACGUGGUGGCCCCGGCUCAAGGGGUGGAAGAGGUGCAUAUCGCACACGGGGAAGAGGACGAGGCGGCCGAGGCGGCAGCGUCCCAGUCAGGACUGUGGCAGAGGGGCCUGUAGUAGAGGCCGCAUUGAUGAGGGUUCCAGAAAAAGAGGAGAAAGAACAAGACACUACGUCGGCAACCGAGUGGUAUUCUGGUGUCACAGGCACUUCUUAUCGUAAUCCAUUACACAGCAAGCUAGAUGCACUUCGGGAAAAGAAGAUUAAGCUUGCUGCCGACUUGGCACCACUGGAAGAUCUCAAAAAACGCAACUCUGAUAUAAAGGAUCGAUUUAAAGUUAUUGCAAAACUAAUAGUUACUCGCCAUCAGACUCGUGCAAGCAAAACUUUGAAGGAAUUGAAGACAGGUCGGGACGUUACCAGUCAGGCGCCAUGGGCUAAGGAGAUCUAUGGCACGUUGGAUGAUAGGCUCGAGACACACUUGAGCUAUCUAGAUGGCGAAAAGGAGUUUAAACAGAUCAACGGGGUACAAGUUUUUCAAAACAGCUGUAAAAUCGUACAACGAUCUUUUGAGAUAUCGAUGGGCGAGUGGAUGGAUCGCUGUGUCGUGGCAUUCAUCCGAGAGAAGCGUGACAUCUCUGAGCUUUGGAAAGUCAGAGAUCCAUAUCUCAAUCAAUGGAUCCUCCGCAGAUGUGGAAUAAACAGGACCGAGAAUGUUACGAUGACCGAUUUGAUCGAAACAUUUAUGCAUCGUGAAGGCCGCGAUCGUUGUAGAUAUGAUCGACCGCAAUUGGCCACUCGGACUAACGAAGGUCUAUUCGACCGCAAGGUCAGUGAGACAUGCACUGCAAGAGCGAGAAGAAUAUUUGGCGAGUGCAUUAGAGUUGAAAAGGCCUCACUUAUGACACCCCCUCAAUCGCCAGGAUUAGAAGCAAAUAACACAGAUGAUAUGGAGAUUGAUAGUCAAAUAUUGGAUGAACUUUUGUCGAAUCAAUCAAUCUACGAUCGUCUUCGAGAUAACGACAAGUCAGGAGUCGGAAAACUUGAUUUUGUUCUUGACCACAAAUAUGACCCUAAAAACCCUGCCCAGGUUCUCCCACCAAGGAGAUACACCACUCGCGAAGCCAUGGCUGUUGACAGCUUAGUUCGCUUGAAGGAGGGCAUAGAACUUGAUUCAGAGGACGAGUUCGAUAAAUAUUCUGAAGGGGACUACUACUACGAUGAUGAGGAUGAAAUUAUGUCUGUAGACAAGGAUCUACCUAACGAGAAAAGUCCUGAUCAGAGUGGUUCGGGAAAGGACCAUGAAAACAGAGAGCUUGUUGAUCGAGAAAGUGAAAUGUGGGAUUUUGUUCCUUCCAAUCUUCACCGGAACAGCGGGGAGGGGCGGGAAUCCUCGGUGGAGUCUGAGAGGGAAGAGGUCAUAGUGCCAAGCCCCAAUUAUCUUGCCGAACCUAAGACUUCAGGCAUUGAACCUUCUCGAGAGAGAUCGCCAUCAUCUGGCCCUCUCACAUCUAAGCAUUUUGAUUUCGUAUUGACCCCUGAUGCAUCAUCUCAAGAUCCUGUGUCUUAUCCAGCUAGGGCCAUGGAAGAUGGGGAGGUACAAAUGCUGGGCACCAGUGCUGAUCUUCCCCAAAAGGCAAACGGUCAUUCAAACGAUAAAUUAACCCCAUCAGUACCCGGAAAUGGAACCUUGAUCAAGGCUGUAGGUUCACCACAAAAACGCCUUCGCGAUGGAUCCGAAAAAGUACAACAAGAUUCUAGCAAAGAAAAUCUUCGGCCCAAGCUUCCAGAUAACCCGAAACCUCCAAACGACAGACUAGAAACCGUAAAACCACUCAAAAGGCCGCCUUAUGAUGCUAUCUAUCCAGGGGUUUCUACUGGUGCUAGACAUCCAUUUUUGACCGAUAGAAAUUUUGACAAACCGAUAAAAGGAAAUAAUGUGGUCACCGUGAACCAUAGUCCGCAAAAGAAUGCACAGAAACUCUUUGCUGAUCCACCUGGAUUCACCCCCGUCCUGAUGUCUUCAUCUUCUUCAAAUGGUGCCUCCGGAGCAGCAGGUAACCGACCAGGUCCUAGUGCUACUUUUAGAGCAAGAGGGACUUCACGCAAAGAACCUGGUAGACCGGGUCGAAAGCCCAACAACCCCUCCACCCCGUUAUCGUAUGUGCAGCCCGAAUAUCCUUUACAGGGCAAAGGUCGUAUUCUUUCACCAAAGCCGCCCCAAACACCAACUCAGAUGGGUUAUCCUCCGACUGGAUACCCUGCGUCAAAGUUUACAAUACAGUCUAAUUCUACCGUUCAACCCCCGUAUCUAAAGCCAUAUACUGCCGCCACGACGCCUUCCCCCCUGAGGAGUCAGUCAAGGCCCCCAUAUGAUCCCCGCGAUAGUCCCAAUCCCACAUGGGCCGGGUCUUCUUAUCCUUAUACGAGCCCAGUUCAAUCUUCAUCUCCAUACGCACCGUCUGGCGAGUAUAGUUAUGACCCCUCGCGUUCAUCAGUGCCUCCCCAAGCUCCAUACCAACCCCCUCCUCCUGUCGGAUACGGUCCCUAUGGCGUCCCGGGAGGGCCAGUUCGGAAUACCCCGGGACCUACUGGGAAUCCGUUCCAGUCUAAUAACUCUACUCAAACUCCCUAUAAUAGCCAACCUCCUUACUUCACUCCACCAGGUUUUACUUCAACUGCACCUCUACCCCCACCAUACCAGAGACAGUACCCUCCAAGUCCGAGCUGGGGGACAUCACAAGCCCCAAGCACCCCGGCACAUCCUCGAAAUAGUUUACAGGGGAAGCACCCCUACGAGGGAAAAGCACCACAGUUAUUUACUCUACCGCCUACUACCCCUACACCUGCAGGGCCGCAACAAGAACCAGUCAAGUACUAUGUUGGUGAUGGCGUUUAUAAAACUGCACCUUCAACCAUUGAGAGACUGCCUUCACUUACACUGUCGCAAGGAACAGUUUUCGAAGAGGAUAACUUGUCAAAAAAUUUAAACCAAAUGGCCAGAGACGGCAAUUGGGGCUCUGGAACUCCUGGGAGUGGAAACCCCGGCUCUUCCCAAGGGACCGCGCUCUGA